AUGUCUGUCAACGCAUCCGCCCGCCAGGCCACGCCGCCGUCGUCGAGCGUCGACUGGGACAAGCUCGGCUUCACUGAGCGCGAGGUCAACGCCCACGUUCGCGUCACCUACAAGGACGGCCAGUGGGGCAAGCCCGCCCUGCACACGGGCACCGACCUCAACGUCCACUACGCCGCACCCUGCCUCAACUACGGCCAGCAGGCCUUUGAGGGCAUCAAGGCCUUCCGCACAAAGGCCGGCUCCGUCCACAUCUUCCGCCCGCAGGAAAACUUCAAGCGCAUCAACCUCAGCGCCAGCGUCGCAUCCAUGCCCGCCCUCACCGAGGCCGUCUUCUUUGACUCGCUCAAGGCCGUCGUCGCGGCCAACCUCGAGUACGUCCCGCCCUACCAGCCAAACGCCUCGGGCGGCGCGCUCUACAUCCGCCCGCUUCUCCUCGCCACCGGGCCCCGCCUCCUCCUCGACAGCCCCGACGAGUUCACCUUUGUCAUCUGGGUCUCCCCCGUCGGCUCCCUCUAUGGCUCGGCCAAGGCCAUCCCCGCUGUCGACGGCUUUGUGCUCGACACCUUCGACCGCACCGCCCCCAUGGGCACCGGCCACACCAAGCUCGGUGGCAACUACGCGCCCGUCUUCAAGCCCACCCGCGAGGCAAAGAAACGCGGCUUCCCUAUCACGCUCCACCUCGACUCGGCCACCCGCACCUACAUUGACGAGUUCUCGACCUCGAACGCCCUCGCCAUCAAGAGGCACGGCGACGCCACCACCCUCGUCGUCCCCGAGAGCACCAGCAUCCUCCGCUCCGUCACAAAGAUCAGCGUCGUCGACAUUGCCAAGAAGCUCCUCGGCUGGAACGUCGAGCUGCGGCCCGUCGCCUUCCAGGAGGUCAAGGACAAGCAUUUUGAUGAGUUCCUUGCCGCAGGCACCGCUGCCGGCGUCACGCCGGUGCGCUCCAUGUCGUACAACACCAAGCAGCCGCGCCUCGUCUCGGGCGGCUCGACCGAAGAGCCGCACGGACCGCGCUUCGACUUCCCGCCGGACAACGUGGUGGAGCGCAUCGACUUUGGCGACGGCAAGACGGCCGGCGAGGGCGCCAAGGUCCUCUUUGACCAGCUGACGUCGUACCAGUGCGGAGACCAAGAGGACGUGUUUGGCUGGCUGUGGCCGGCCGAGGGCAUCGUGGCCGAGGACGCCUCUGCCGCUUCGUCCUAG